GAAAUAAACGAAACCAUUAACAAAUUGCGCCAUUUUGUGGAUUUAUGGAAUAGAAAUAUGUGAUAAAUAUUCAGUGUUUUUAGUUAAAACUAAAGCGUGUCGAAAAGAAAUCGGAUUGGAAUUGAAAUUGGGAUGGUUACAGAGGGAAUAUUCAGUCUACUGCGACUCUUGACUUGGAGAAAAAGGCGUCUAUCUGCUCAAAAAGCUUUCACUCGGUUACAGACGGAAAAUGGAGACCUGGAGGACAAAUGGAGACAAAAAAACGUUCAAAUGAAAAGCGAAAAGAAACGACACAUUCCUGUGACCAGUCAGUUCUUCUGUUCUAACGCUGUUAGAUUAAUAUUUUUUACAUUAAUAUUUAUUUUCAAAUAAUGAAAUCCACGUUUCUGACGCUUCUGUUCUACAUAAUCAGUUUUACCACUUGUAAGACAUUCGGAGCAUCAUGCAGGCACGGUGAAUAUCUAUCAACAGCUGGAGAAUGCUGUCCAAUGUGUAACAUAGGUUUGGUGGUUCUCAGAGACUGUAUUGGUGAUUACAGUACAACAUGCAGUCCUUGUAUUAAAGGCACUUUCAUGAAUGUGCCUAAUGGUGUACACACUUGCUUUCCAUGUAAAACCUGUGACAGAGGACUUUAUACUUUACAAAACUGCAGCACAAUAAAGGACAAAGUCUGUGAGGUCUUGGAUGGGUAUUACUGUGCACAAUACUCAGAUAGAGAAUGUUCUCUUGCAAUGAAACACAGUGAGUGUAAACCAGGAGAACAAAUAAAAACUCUAGGCACUAAAUCCGUAAAUACAGUUUGUGAAUUGUGUCCAUCAGGAUUUUAUUCCCCUGAAGGUGUGAAAUGCACUAAAUGGACUGACUGUUCACUCAGUAAUGAGAUUGUGGAUGAAGAAGGUACUCCCAUAAGAGAUGUUAAAUGCAAACCAACAAGGAACAGAUUUUUACUCAUAGCAGCUCUUCUAGCAUCUGCAGUUCUUUUACUGUCAUUAUUAAUUUUAUAUUGGAAGCACAGAAAUAUCAGACAACCAGGAGUUCCAGUAGAGGAAACAAAUCCAGCAACCAGUAAAUGGGAAAAAAAUCAGGAAACAGAUUCACCUGAUUGUAGCCAGGAACGUGUUGCCUUGGACACCUCUGUGAAUUCUGAAUAACUCAAUGAGGAUUUCUUACUGAAAUUCACCAGCAUCUGUGUAAUGUGUGCAAAGGAACUUCAAAAAGACAGUCACUGCACUGCCUGUGGAAAGAACUGUUUGAACAUUAGCUUUCUCUGCUGAAACAUGGAUCCUGUCUGAGUUUAUCUCUGAGUCUAUCCAUCUUAACCAUAUAGCAAUAAUAAACUUACACCCACCAGCAGGAAACUCGAUAGCAUUAAGUGAAUUGCACUUUAAUCUUUUUUAACCUAUAUUUCAAAUUUUCCUGAUAGAUAUCAGUGAAAUAAAACAAUAAAUAAUU